AUGUAUGGUGACGACCAUACAACGCUUCUCCACCUAUUCGGUCACCCCCUCACGAACUUUUAUCGGGCUGGGCUGGAUUUGGAAGAGUUGCGGAUCACUCUCGACCCUCGCGCCCUGGAGGACUUCGGCGGAUCCCACGUUCACAGCCGCAUUCUGCGUGACGUUUCAAGUGUGGUAGUGGAUGCGGUUGCACAAAUGGGGAGGUUGAAGCGGGUCUUCGUGAUCCUUGUGAAUAGGGUCCCGGAGGAUACCUACUUGCGGCUAUAUAAGGAGAUAGAGCCGCUCGUGAAGACUAGGCUUGCAAAGAAUGGAUGGAUCACCACCCAAGAUUCGGCAGGGAGGAUCAUGAUUGUCGACUUGAGGGAAGAUAGGGUGGAACAGAAGAGGUACGUCUUCCCCGACACCACCAGCCCCUCAACCUCCCACAUCCUCUCCCUCCUCCCCACAAACCCCCCAACCCGCUCUCUAGCAAUCGGCACCACCACCGCCAUCCCACCCACGCCCACCAGCUUCACCGAGAACCACGACUUCCUCCGCGUCCUCGACUGGGUCCUCUCCGAGCACGCGACCCACGAUCCCGACGUCCAAUCCCAGGCCGCGGCCUUCGCCUCCACCGCCGGCUCGUCCCUCGGCAGCGGCGGCGUCUUCUUCCCCGCCAACCACCCCUCCCGGCGGCCCGAGCGGCGGCGUCGCGGCUCAGGCGGCGGGCCUGGAUACGGCGGUGGAGGCGGCACGGGCGGUGAUGGCGCGGGCGCGGCGAGCGUGCAGGGUGGUGCCGGUGGUGCUGGGCGCGGGGGGUGGCUGCAUGUGAGCGAUCAGCGGAAUCCGCCGGAUUAUGGACGGAUUGCGUGGCCGGAGGAUAUCUUUGGGAGUGUGGAGGUUGAUGGAGAGGGGAAGUUCGUCGGGGGAAAUGGGAAUUAUCAGAGUAGUGGGACGUAUCGGGUUGUUACGAGGGAAGGGAUUUUGGGGCUGAGCAAGUAUCUGAGGGAGAAAGUAGUGGAGAAGUUGAAGGAGCUGGAGGCGCAGCAGAAGGAGAGGGAGCGGUAG